AUGGGCCGUUCAAGUUUUAUGAAUAAAUCUUGGUUCCAUUCAUUUGAAGUAUUAGCCUCAUUGGCCACUGUCACAAUGGCCACAAAACGUCCACUGUCCGUUACCGAGACCAUAGAAGUCGGCCAACAGCCACCACACAAAAAGAUACGUAUUCAAACAACAAAAAAUGCCACCACCAGUGGCAAACUGCAACAGGCCCUCAAUGUCUUGGAGACAAUUUCACCACAAAACAGUAAGGAGCUACUCGAUGUCCUGGUCAAGAUAGCCGAUGAAUUGGUAUUGACCGAUUGCCAAUUGCCAGAGAUUCAUGAAGCGGUCCACAAGCUCAUCGAACUCUUUCGUCAGGAACGGGAUGGUGAUACCACAAUACGGGUAAUGAUUUUGGGCCUAUUGGCUGAUCUAUCAGAAGUUCGGAUAUCCGAAGUAGUGAAUACACUGAUUGACGAAAUAAUUGGCGUCUUGAAAUAUGAAAAGUCACAGAAGGUUAUUGCCCAGGGCCUGAGCAGUCUGCAUAAGAUCGGUUUGAAUAACUUGAAAAUUCUACCCACAAUGCAUCUGACGAAGAUUGCCCAUUUUGCCCAACAACAGCUCUCGUCGGAAUCACAUCAUACCCAAAAGAAUGCCCUGAUGGUGUUGGCCGCCUUUGUGGCGUUGAGUGAUGCCAAGAAGGGUGUCAUCGAUACCAUUGGCCAUUAUGCCGAUUCUCAGGAUUCUGGGGUAAGGGCUCAAAGUUUAAGGUCCAUUCUGUGUUUGGGUGAACGAGGAGCAGUGUUGUCACCUUCGCUCUAUCAAAGGGCAGUGGAUGCCAUGCAAGAUGAUUAUGAAUGUGUCCGGCAACAGGCCCUACAAUUGGUAUUGCAAUUGGGCAUUACGCAUCCGGAGCACAUGAUUGUGUGUGGCACGGCGGAGGAUGAUGAAGAAAUGCGUCUCAUAGAUGCCGCCUUCAGCAAGGUGUGUGGAGCAUUGUGUGACCUCUCGAUACAAAUACGGGUCCAAGCGGCGGAACAUUUGGGUGAAAUGACAAUGGUGGGACCGGAGUUUCUGCAUCAGACGUUGGACAAGAAGUUGAUGAGUAAUUUGAGACGUAAGAAGACGGCCCAUGAACGGGGUGCCCAAUUGGUGGCCUCGGGUGAAUGGUCAUCGGGAAAGCGUUGGGCUGAUGAUGCUCCCCAGGAGCAUUUGGAUGCCAAGACCAUAUCAUUGAUAGCCAGUGGGGCCUGUGGCGCCUUGGUCCACGGCCUGGAAGAUGAAUUUAUGGAAGUGCGUAUUGCCACGGUGGAUUCGAUGUGUAAACUGGCGUUAAAGCACCCCGAUUUUGCGGUGACCUGCUUGGAUUUUUUGGUCGACAUGUUCAAUGAUGAAAUUGAGGAGGUACGCCUCAAGGCCAUUUACAGUUUGACAGCCAUAGCGCGACACAUUGUGUUGCGAGAGGAUCAAUUGGAAAUUAUGUUAUCCUCGCUGGAAGAUUUCUCGGUGGAGGUGCGCGAAGGUUUACAUCUUAUGUUGGGUGCCUGUCGGGUGUCCACCCAGGCAUGUCUGCUAAUGGUGGUACAGAAGCUACUCGAUGUGUUGGCCAAAUAUCCACAGGACAAACUGUCGGCAUUCGGUUGUAUGCGUAAGGUGGGCCAAAAACAUCCCCACCUGUGUAUGGCUGUAACGUCACAUUUGCUGCAGGAUCAUCCAUUUUUCGAUAGUGCGGAGAGAGAUGUUGAAGAUCCUUCGUAUUUGUGUAUUUUGAUUUUGCUCUUCAAUGCCGCGGCUAGCUUGGUGCCAAUCAUAAGUUUGUUUCCCGAUGUCACACUGAAACAUUAUGCCUAUCUGAGGGAUGCAAUGCCCAGUUUGGUACCACCACUGCCCAUUGAGGGGGCAUCAACGAAGAAACCAAUCGAUGAUUUGGGUAGUUCGAAUAAUUCGCGAGAAUAUUUGGAGACCAUGUUGGCCCAUAUAAAUGAUAUAUUUUCCAUACCCACACAAGAGAGGCGGGUGCCGCUGCUCAAAACGGCUCAGGAUAAUUUGAAGCGUUUGGGUGAAAUAGACCCCGAAAUGUUGGGCACAGCCAACUUUUUGGAAACCUUUUUGGCCGCCCAAAUACAAAUUGAACAGCUGCAGUCGUGUACAACCUCCCAACACAGCCGAGCCCCCCUUAAGGAAUCCCUGGCCCAAUUAGUUCGCAACUGUCUCAAAUUGCAACACAUUUUCUCCGGCCUAACCUACAGCGAUAUGUUGCUUGUCAAACAAAUAUGCCUUCGGGCAUCCGCCUUACAUUUGGUACUCGUGGUAAGAGAUCGUUCUCAAAGUGCCUUGGGCCCCUGUCAAAUGUUAUUGCAAACUGCUUCGGACAUUAGCAAUUUCCUAGACGAUAAACAAGAUUUUCAACCAGAUGAACUAACAACAGAGCUAUUAAAUCAAUUGGCCAGUAUUGUUGACCCUAAACCCGGCAAAGUAUUUCGUGAAAUCCUCCCAUUGGUACAGAAGCCGUCCGUUGUGCGAAUGCCACCACCAAAUGUCAAUAUCAAAAUGUGUGAGGCCAACAUUUUGGAGCCGUGUCCACAAAUGUCACAGGAUAAUGUUAUUAAGGUGACGGCGGGCCUUAUUGCCGCCCUUCCCUUUGUGGCCGAAAUCGAUAACCUCCAGGAGUCGCAAAAGAAUGAUAUGCGUAUAAAAAUUAAAUAUCCCGAUCAACAUUUACAUACAGUAGUACCGAAAUUAUCGGAUUUUAAGAAAAUCAUGACCGAACAGGGGGCCCAUGAAACGAAUGUUAAGCUGAGAACAACCAUCCUGCUAUCACAUUCGGUAUGGACCGAAGCAUCAUCGGUGGAAAUAAUGUUGUGUUUGGCGGUGAGGCCGGGUACCGAUUUGGAGCUGUGCAAACCGGCAAAGAUUUUAUUUGCCCCGAAACCCGUUAGGCGGGGUAUUUAA